AUGAAGCAGUGCGAGAAAGUAGAAGUUCAUUUAUUUACUUUGCAACUUGGGUCUGGUGAUGUUUAUCAUAAAGAAAAUUUAAAUUCAUACAAAAACAUCUGGCACAACAGGGUUUGUGAGAAGCGACUAAAGGUAGUUAUGCCGAAAGCUUUUGGUUUUGAAGGAAAUUAUUGUGUGGUGAACGCACAUUAG